GUCAUGGACAAGAACUGCACUCUAAAGGUCGACAGACCAGUCUACGAGAAUGAGGAGCUCCACAGGACGUAUGGCUACUACAAACCCGCGUCUACCGUUCUGGGACGAGUUAAAAACUGCUACAGAGAAUGGAAGUUUCUCCAUUUCCUACAGAACCUAAUUCCAAUAACUCAAUGGCUUCCUCAUUACAAGUGGCGUAAUGACUUCGUUGGUGAUCUUAUCUCUGGUAUCACCGUUGCUGUGAUGCACAUCCCACAGGGAAUGGCAUAUGCACUGCUGGGAGCUGUCCCACCCAUCGUUGGGAUUUAUAUGGCUUUCUUCCCUAUUCUGGCAUAUUCCCUGCUUGGUACAUCUCGUCACAAUUCCAUGGGAACAUUUGCUGUAGUCUGCCUAAUGACGGGCAAGUCAGUAACAGCUUACAGCCCCAAAUUGACAGAUGUAAAUGUGACAUCUACAGAAGAUAUUAGCUACAGCCCCAUGGAAGUUGCUACAACUGUUGCCUUCAUGGUUGGAAUAUAUCAGCUGGUGAUGUAUGUAUUCCGAAUGGGCAUAGUGUGUACAUUGCUGUCUGACACCCUAGUGAACGGCUUCACCACAGGAGCUGCUAUUCACGUUUUCACGUCUCAAGUCAAAGACUUACUUGGGCUAAAAAUUACCAAACAUGAGGGACCAUUCAACAUAGGAUUUACCUACAUUGAGAUAUUCAACAAAAUUGAAGAAGUUAAUCUAGCUGUUUUAGUCGUGUCUUCGAUAACAAUUGUUUUGCUGGUCAUUAAUAAUGAAUUCCUGAAGCCUUUCGUGAGAAAACGAUCAGUCAUACCAAUUCCUAUAGAACUCAUCGCUGUUGUAACUGGAACACUGAUAUCUACAUAUUUAAAUCUGCAAGAUAAAUAUGAGAUAGAACCCGUGGGUGAUAUUCCAACAGGAUUGCCAUAUCCGACACUGCCAGCAUUCUCACUGCUUCCAAAAAUUUUCAUAGACAGCUUCACCAUCACGAUGGUAGCUUACACUAUUGCGAUGUCAAUGGCUUUAAUUUUUGCUCAGAAACAUAAUUAUGAAGUGGAUUCAAACCAAGAACUAUUUGCUCAGGGAACCAGCAACAUUGUGGGUUCCUUCUUCUCCUGCAUGCCCAUCACUGCAUCACUCUCGAGGAGUCUUGUCCAAGAGACAGUCGGUGGCAAGACCCAGCUAACCAGCUUCAUAUCGUGUCUAAUUCUCCUCGCUGUGAUGCUCUGGAUUGGACCGUUCUUUGAACCCCUUCCCAGGUGCAUACUAGCAAGUAUCAUCAUAGUGGCUCUAAAGGGGAUGCUGCUCCAAGCCAAGGAUCUGCCGUCCUUCUGGCGACUGUCUAAGUUAGACGGCCUGGUAUGGAUCAUCACAUUCCUCACUGUGGUCCUUGUGGACAUUGAUUAUGGUUUGUUAGUGGGGCUUGGACUUUCCCUCGCUUCUAUCUUAGUCCAAAGCAUGAAACCUUACACGUGUCUAUUGGGAGUAAUGCCAAACAUAGAUCUUUAUUUGGACUGCACCAGGUACACGCAGGCUCACGAGGUUAUAGGAAUUAAAAUUUUCCAUUACUGCGGUGGGCUAAACUUUGCAACAAGAAGUCACUUCAAGACCGAACUGUACCGACUUGUGGGCAUAAACCCACAAAAGGAGUUAGCACACAGAGAGAAACUGGAACGAAGGAGUCGAACCUCAAGUCGGGUCGACGGUAGACCAGAUGAAGCCAGGGAAGGUAUUGUAAACAUCAGCUUUGUGGAACACGGCGAGGAUUCAGAACAUGUACCCACUGUGAACACCCCCAUAAAACCUCAAGUCUCUUCAUAUGGAAGCUUUACUGACGAGAAAUUUCAGAUCCAAUACAUUAUCCUCGACUUCUCGGCGCUCAGUUACAUUGAUCCCUCAGGAGUGGCUGCCCUCAAGUUACUUAACAAAGUCUUCAAUAAAUUAGAUAUCACCAUUUACUUGGCUGGAAUUUCAGAUCCAGUAUAUGAGAAAUUACAGAAGUGUGACCUUUUUUUGGAUACUUCUAAUUCCUUCAAGACAUUUCCAACAGUCCACGAUGCAGUUACAUUUGCACAGUGCAACAUGAAUAGAUCUGCUAGUAUCAGGGUGUGAUUUUGAUAAAAUGACAAUCCUCAAAGAAGAAACAGGACUGUAAGUGCUGUAAGUGGUGCUGAUUAGCAGUAAAGCAAGAUACUCAAUUCAAGUGGAGUUACAUAAAGAGAAUAUUCAAAAUAUUCAACUGGCCCAGUCUAUGGAGUGUGAAAAAUGUUCUAGCAUUGGAGACAAAAUAGAAGCAAAAUCUGAAGCUUACAUUUCAGUACUCUUGUAACAAGAAAAUGUUAGUCAAGGUAGUAACUUAGGAUAACAAGUUUUGUAUGCUCACAAAGCUUGUUUAGAUUGCUGAACUCAUUCUCACUCAUUGGAAAAUGUAUCAAGCUUUAAGAAUAUGGAUGUGCGUACAACACGAAAGAAAGCAUUACCUGGACUAUAACAGUUCAUAUUUCAAGGUCAUAUGAACUCCAUAGUGUAUCUACAGAUUAAGUACUUUGUCUACAUGAAGACUGUAUGUUAAUUAUACCAUGUAUUAACAUUCUUAGUGAUAACCUACAUAAUUAUAUUAUGCAGGUGCCCGAUAAUACCUAAGAGGAAUUUGGUUUAUGUGAACAAGAAAACGAUUUAAUAAUGUCAAAAUUUAAAGUUUUCACAGUGUUUUUAGUAAUAUGAUGACUUUUGGGUUGUCAGCCGUGUCAGUUGAGCUGGGGAAUAAACCGUCAAUGUUUUGAGAACUAUGCUGUUCUCAUCCUCAGGGCACUGCUGCGGCUGUAGAAGCAGGUCGCAACUAAUGUGAUUGCUCGAGCCUUGUGUAGGAAAACAAUUUUUGGCAAACUAAACUUCACAACAAUAGUAUGUAUGAUCUGAGCUUUCAAGGCAACUAAGUAUAAAUAAUUCUUCUUGGGCUACUAGACGUGUAAGGUGGUUUAAUGGAGAAUACCUGAGGGUGAUGACGAAGAUGGUUCUCGAAAUGUUGUGUUUUCUUCAUUAAACCACCUUACACAGCUGGUAGCCUGAGAAGAAUUUAUUAUAAUUGAAUAUUAUCAUCUACAAACUACUCUUUGAAACGAGAUAACUGGUUUGUGGUCUGCUCAUUUACUUUUCCAUAUCGCCAGUUUUCAUUAUUCCAAAGGGAUACAAAGUCAUACCCAUAGAGGAAAAUUAAACACGUUUGGGAAAUUCAUAGGAUGCCUACUACCAUUAAAUACUUCUAUAUGCAUGCAAAUGGUAACAUUUUAUCAAUUGCUGACUUGGCAGUACUGUAAUUCACUAUCUAAUGUUGUUAGCCAUAACCUCAAAAAUUCACAAAAUCAAGCUAACUGUAAUUUUUAACACACAAAAAAAUUGUAGUUUUUUAUAACCAUGCUAAAUUACAUACAAAAGUUUCAAAGAGAAAAGUAAAUGCAGAACUUAUAUCAUUCUACACAAAAAAUAUCUGAAUGAAGGUUGCAUAGCUUCAGGAUCCAUAAUUUGAGGAAGUUAGCAUUGCUUCCAUUUCAUAAAUUCACAUAUUUGCAAUAUUAGAAACGUUGUUAAGGAUUUAAAAUGUUCAAAUAUGGAAUGACACCUAAUGGCAUAAUAUUCAUACUAAGUCUUAUGGACAAAAACAUAAACAACAAAUUAAUAUUUUAUGGUCUGUAUAAUAAAGCAGUCACAUGAAACAGCAGAACUUUGUACAGUUAAAGAGUAAAAUAAAUGUGUAACAUGAUGUGGGGAAAUUUUAUGUUGUGCAAAUGUUACACUUCUGGAAAAUGUGCUAAAAAUUUUCAUGUAUUGCACUGCACUAUUGCAGAAUAGAUCAUGAAAGAUCACCUUGAUAGACUUCAGAAAAUACAUUUUUUCAUGGGAAAGAAGAAACUCAGAAAGUUUCUAGCACAAAAGUGUUAAAAAAAGGAUGUGACUAAAAUAUAACAGCAGUUAAGAGGAAGUGGAAAAAAAAGUUACCUGUCAUUAUUAUUGAUAAGAUGAAGUGCUCAGCACACAAUGACUGAUCCUAUGUUCAAUGUCCCUCAUAUUUUAUGUGCAUCAUUGUUAAGUGUUCUGUACUAAACAUUUUUACUGUUUUGCCCCAAAUAUUUGUAUUUGAACAAUAAUUUAUGAAUAAAUAUUUAAAUUUGUUUCAAAUAAA